CUUGUCACGUCCGGAUUGGCCAAGAUAAAACGAGAAACCAAGAUAAAAGACAGUCUCGACAAAGGUGUGCAAGUCGUCCUGUCUGCCAAAGACAUCAUUAGUUCCGCAAUCCAGACUGUCCCACAAGCUGCUCUUGCUUGGACUGGUGUAUGCGUGGCACUGGAGGUAAGUGUAACCAAAGCCAAUCGCGAUGGUAUCGACUACGUUAUUCGGAGAAUGGAGUGGCAUUGGGAGCUACCUGAUGCCAUCCUAAGGGAGAAUGCCGGUGGCUACAACCAUCUCUCCAAAAUGAAAGGGGGACUCGAGGCUCAGCUUAUCGGCCUCUAUAAACUGCUACUCUUGUACCAGAUGAAGAGCGUUUGUUCUUACUACAAGAAUCGCGGACUUGUUUUCCUACGUGAUAUUGCCAAGCUGGACGAUUGGGACGGCGAUAUCAACGCGAUCGAAAAAGCCGAAACGCUUUUUAACAAAGACUCUGAUGUGCAUCGGAAA